AUGAUUGGAGACAUUGUUGACUCUCAGUAUUCGCCCAUUUCGCAACCCCAACAGCAGCAACGAGCAUUCAGAGAGUCUUGCCAGAAUUGCGCAGACUCAAAGGUUCGAUGCAGUAAGAACAAGCCAACGUGCGCGCGUUGUGCUCGCCGAGGCACGCCUUGUGUCUACCAACAAUCCAGGCGUGCUGGAAGAAAGCUUACAUCUGUCGGACAAGCUAAACAGGCGCGCCGAGCUGCCAUGAAUGCCCUAAGCGAUGUAUCAAGCUCAUACACUUGGGAAGUCGACAUUGAAAACAAUGACAUGCAGCUAUCUCCUCCAAGAUCCGACACUACACCAAAUACCACACCAAACACCACCGUUAGUCCAACAGGCCUCAAUGAUGGCCAAGCAAUUUCGGAAAGCCUCUCACCCCUCGACCCUUUUCCCGAUAGUUCUGGGUCGACAGAAUGGUGUUCCAACGAGAUCUUCAAGGCUCUCUGCACCCAAUCGGUUCCGCUCAUGUGCGGAGAUGAUGCCGACUUUGCCUUGCACAUGUCGCAGGACUUGACAAGCUUGAACGAUGGCUUCCUUGAUCUGGGUGAUUUAGGUAGAGGUUCACUUCCUGUCGAUCUAGGCUCUGAGUUUCUUGGAUUGCCAUUAUCAUGGCCGGGGACUGCAGGAGACACCCACGCGACUGGCUACGAGCCUGAAGAUAUAUCCUCGCCCAGGCCAACAUGCACCAAAAACUGCACUGCAGUCAUUUCUCGACUAUUCCCAGAACUGUUCUGUUCUUUUGGCAGCAGAUGCGAGCGCAGCCAGGUGCAAGGCCAAUCACUUGUCAAUACCAUCGCCAGCAAUGAGAGUAUGUCGGAAGCCAUGAGCAGCAUUCUCGAGUGCGAGUGUAGCCAAGAUGUUCAUGUGCUGUUCGUUGUCGGUCUAUGUACCUCGAAAGUCAUGUCGUCCUACCUCAAAACAAUGCGACGUGAGUGUCUCAAGCAUGCACAGCGAGCCGGCAAUUCAUAUAUCACGAACAACCACCAGCGAAGCGCACAAGACGUACAAGAUGGUGACGCCAAAGCCGAGAUGAUGGCAGCUCACAUGAUCCUCGGCGGACUCCAUCGCAUCCAGCCGCUUCUGGCCCGUCUAUCUGAUCGUCUUAAACAGACAGAGCCGGAAGGUGAUUUUGCAAACGACUACGCUGGGCCAGGAGGGCUUACAGGAAAUGAAUUGCGGAAUCCAUUUCCUCGCUCAAUGCUUCAACAGCUUGAGCAUGGCUUGGAAGCCCAUCUUCGCUAUGUUUUGGCAGUGUGCCAUGCACAGCUUGGGGCGCAUAACACUGAUCCAUUAUCUACAUGGACAACACAAUGCAAUGCAGAGUGCAGAAGCUGA